CUUAAAAGUAGCGUCUCACCUGCACACCUGACACAAAACCUCUCAACACGUCGCCCGCAUCCUCAGCCUCCCGAGUACGAGAAGAUUCUUUCUUUAAAAACAUGUUGGCGUGCACGGAGAUGAUCACAAUGUGUCUGCAGUCAUCCAAGCGCAAACAUGUUCGGGCUCAACAGCAGCAGCAGAAGCAGCACAGCAGCGAACGAGGGCUCAGCAUCCUUCAUGAUAUUUUCCGUCGAGCGGACAAAAAUGAUGACGGCAAGCUGUCAUUUGAGGAGUUCAGCGCUUACUUUGCUGAUGGUGUUCUGACAACGGCGCAGCUGCAGGAGCUUUUUCACUCCAUCGACGGGCAGCAGAAUAACAAUCUGGACACUGACAAGCUAUCAGAUUAUUUCUCUCACCACCUUGGCGAGUACCUGAACGUCCUCUCAGCUCUGGAGAAGCUCAAUGUGGCUAUUUUAAAGGCCAUGUAUAAAACUAAAGAGGAGUACCAGGACUCCAGCGUCCUGGGCCAGUUUGUGACUCGUUUACUUUUGCGAGAGACGUCCGCUCAGCUGCUGUCCCUACAGACGUCGCUGCAAUGCGCCAUGGAGGCUGUGGAUGAGGAGAGCACCUGCAGUCUAGGAGAGGUGGAGACGAGUAGGCGGAGCUCCGGUCUGCUGGUCCCCAACAAUGUCCCCCCAGUCUCCCAAAACACGGACGAGGACACCGAAUGGAACGCUCAGCUUGGCAGGCUCCAGCAGCUGCUCGAUAAACUGGAGCGUCAGAGUCCCAAGUUGGAGCCCCUGAAAGACACGAUCAUGUCCACAGAGAACAUUCUGCUGGUCCAGAGGAAAAUGGUGGUGAACGACAACCAUGUGGACAACUUCCAUAAAGUUCUCAGGAGCUAUGUCGACGCUGCGUCGGCCCACUCAGACAACCUGCACGUGUCCAUUCCAAAGGUACCGGGAAAGUCUUCUUAUGUGAUUUAUGAGUUCUGGCGAGACCGCCUCUCCUGGAUGAGCUACCUCCAGUCCAACAGCAGUAAAGACUUCCAGCGCUGCGUCAUCACCAUGCUGGACGACGCUGAGGUCGUCUCGACUAUGUUGCUCCCUGCUUCCUGGUGGAUUAUGACUAACAACUGAGUGUCACAUCCCCUGCCGACAACGCUGUCAUAGAGACGCCGGCGCAUCAAAACCUACUCAUCCGCAUGGCCACACAGACGCGCACACACACGCACGCACAAACACAGCACGUAGUGAAUUCGAAAUGUAUCUCUGUGUUUGAAGGCCGUGUCGCCAUCCCGCCUCCUCGGUGAGCUUCUUGUCAUCUCACCAGCUCGUUAUUUCACGUUGAGAUGCCACACAAUGUACAUACUGUAUAAUUAUGGAGUGGAAGGUUGUUGAAGAACUUUGACCACCAAAAUUGCAUGACAAUGCCAUUAAUAAUGACUGUGCUUUCGUGGAAUAUGCAGUAUUAUCUUUAUGUACAUCAUACUGGCGAAAGCAGGAGUUCAGAUUUAAAAAAACACUUGCAGAGGACUUGAC